ACGCUUCUAUGAAGAUGAUUUACCCCCCUUCCCAGCUAAGAGGGCAAGGCCGGCCGGCCCACCACCUGGACCUGUGCUGCCACCAAAGGUUAAAAACAACUUCCUGGUACCUGUCAGUGAAGGGACAGAGAAAAUCACAAUGGACAUCUGGAACUACUUUUUGUCUGCCAGAAUGGAAGAAUCGGAUGUGAAAAGAAAACUGAGGCUACGCAAAUGUAUCAUGGCCAUAGUUGGCAGUGCAUUCCCAAAUUGCAGUCUGUUCAUAGUUGGCUCAUCAAUGACUGGCUUUGCAACAAAAGGAAGUGACGUGGAUAUGUGUCUCAUGAUAUCUCAGGAGGAGAUUGAUCAGAGAAGAGAUGCUUCUAUCAUUUUGAACUCCAUUUCAAAAGCCCUCAGGCAGUGUUCAUGUCUGGACCAUCGACAAGUCAUCAAGGCAAAGGUUCCAAUCUUGAAGUUCUUUGACAGAGUCUCUGGAGUCGAUUGUGACCUGAAUGUCAACAACCUUAUUGGCGUGAGGAACACUCAUCUGUUGCGCUUUUAUGCCUACAUGGACUGGCGUGUUCGACCACUGAUGUUGUUCAUCAAGAAAUGGGCAAGGUACCAGGACAUCAAUGAUGCCAGCAAACAGACCAUUUCCAGCUACUCGCUGACCCUCAUGCUGAUCCAUUACCUGCAGGUGGGAGUAAGUCCACCUGUUGUACCCUGCCUUCAGGAGACUAAACCUGAGCUGUUUGAUCCUUCACUGGAUGUAAGACAGUUGUCCUUGAACUUUGAACCCUACUUGGAUUUUGUCUCAGAGAAUCGAGCAACACUUGGAGAAUUGUUCCUGGGAUUCCUGGAUUAUUACGCAAACCAGUUUUCCUUUGAGGAUCAGAUCAUCAGUGUCAGGCUUGGCCGACUACUAACCUUAGAUGAAGUGGCUUCUGCUGGCAACACCAUGCAGUGGAAAUUCCUGAACAUUGAGGAACCAUUUGAGAAGACCAACACUGCAAGAUCUGUCUACGACAAGUUUGUCUUCACUAGAGUGCAGCGUGUGUUUAAGAGCAGUCACCAAACACUAGACAAGACCAGAGAUCUGGAGCGCAUCCUCAUGAGACCAUUCUAA